UUGCCAUAUUUCCAGGAAUUUGAAAAGCUGGAAUUGUCAGAAGUUGGAGUGGUGGAAGUACCUGUACAGAUUAGCCGCAUUUUGUACGGCUUCCUCUAUGAUUUAUGCCAGAAGAUCUCAGACAACUCAGUUGGUCACUUAUGUACUCGAAAUAUUCAAUCACAUAUAUCGCAGCAACUUAGCGAAUUGCUCGCCUCUGUUUAUUCGGCAGUCGCUCAUUCGGAUAUGGAAUGGUCAAGUCGCAUUGCCUUGCAGUAUCUGUUUGACGCCCGUUUCUUGAAUAUCAUUCUGCCAAAUGGUGCGAUGCGUCCGCUUAUCCCACUUUUUGAGCAGAAAUUAGACCCAUUCGAUUUGAGUCUUCUCUCUGCGCCUCUGAUGAAAAAUGCUCGAAUUGCCGCUCAGCGUCAUUCGACUAUUUUCGCAAAUUUGCUCUCCGACGUUAUUAUUAGUAAAGAAUCGUCGUUGAGUGCCUCAUUCUCUGCAGUUGUUGAUAUUGUACCACGAGUGAACGAUGCACCACGCCUCACACUUAUUCCACGUUUGUCCAGAAAUACGAAGCUGGAUGGACCGCCCUCAGUUAUCGCUGUAAGAAAGAAAGAAACACUAAGCCAACCUUUGGGAAGCGUGAAGAGCACACCGUCAUUCUCAUCACUUUAUAAAAUCUCAACAAGUUGGUUUGGGAAUAACUGA